GAGGCUGACUAAGAACACAGAGAGAGAGAGCCGUGUGUCGGUAAUAAUUGUGGCUCAAUAAUAGUUCCUGCUCUCAUUUUUACCUCGCGGACAAAAAAUGUGAGUUAACCGUUUCACCUGGGAAAGACCUGAUCACUCCGAGCGACCAAUCAGCUUCCACCUCCGCCUGCACCCCGCCCAAGAGAGAGAGAGAGCGAGAGAGAGCGAGAGCUGAUGUGCAGCAGCAUGCUUCCACAUCGUGAACACCUCCUGCUGCCUGAGGAUUAGAGCUCACUCUCCGAUCUGCGCUCAACUUCAGCGGCUGCAAAGACCUCGUUCCGACUCGGCACCAAACUGCUUCCUCCAAAGUUCCCGCUGUGCAAGAACCAGACGCGUGCAUGGUUAUGUUUGAGAAGGAGUCAGCACAGACACGGGACCAGUCCAGCGCCACCGCCAUGCCUUCCAACAAAUACUCUGCUGCUAUCAUGGAGGAGAGCAACAACAUGACAGCCACAGCGGCGGUGAACGGGGACACGCCUCCAGCUGAGGGCCUGUCUGAGAAUGACAGCGGUGUGGAACUAACCAAUGAGAACAGCCCCCUGACCGCAGCCGAGCCGCCUUCACCCUUCAGCCCCAAACAGAACGGAGACGCUGCCUCGCCUCAGGACGGUAACCAGUGCUCCAGGGGAAGCAGGAAGAGGAGCAGGAAGAGACGCGAGGACGAGGAAAGCACCUGGGACUCGGACAAGUCUUCAGGAGCGUCUCAGCUGGGCUUGAGACAGACGCCUCGACCCAGAACCAUCUUCCAGGCCGGCCUGACACCGCACACACACGGCAAGCCUCGCAGACAGAACCGCAAACAGGAGCACGGCACGUCUCCGUGUGCCGGGAAUCCUCGGGCAGCUGCGGUCGGCUCCGGCGGGGUCCCGGACCCUCGGCUGGAGCUCAUGGAACAAGAUUCCAAAGACUCGGCCCAGAGCACCAGCACCUCGUCCAGCUCUGAAACCAAGCAGGAGUACAGCGACAACAAGGGCUUCGGGAUUGGCGAGCUGGUCUGGGGGAAGAUCAAAGGCUUCUCGUGGUGGCCGGGCAUCGUGGUGACGUGGCGAGCCACCGGCAAGCGGCAGGCCAGCCACGGCAUGAGGUGGCUGCAGUGGUUUGGAGACGGGAAGUUCUCCGAGGUUUCUGCAGACAAGCUGGACUCCCUCACCGCCUUCCCCAAGUUCUUCAGCCAGGCUUCCUACACCAAGCUGGCCUCGUACCGCAGGGCGGUGUUCCAGGCGCUGGAGAUGGCGAGCAUCCGCGCAGAGAAAACGUUUCCUCCCUGCAAGUCCAGUAACCCAGAGGACCAGGUCAAACCCAUGCUGGACUGGGCCAAUGGGGGCUUCCUGCCCAAAGGAGGGGAAGGACUCAAACCCACACACAGUGCCAACAGUAACCCUCUGGACCACCACGUCCUCGACGUGUCCCUCUCCGAGUACUUCCCCAGCACAAAGCGGCCCAAACUCAGCCUGUGUAAGAGCAAGGCCGCCCCCGAGGAGAUGUGCAACAGAGAACAAAUGGUGAAUGAAGUUCUGAAGAAUAAAAGAAGUAUUGAAGAGUUUUGUCUCUCUUGUGGAAAGACGAGUGCAACCUUCCACCCGCUGUUUGAAGGAGGCUUGUGCCUAACAUGCAAGGACGUGUACCUGGAGAUGUCCUACAUGUACGACGACGACGGUUACCAGUCUUACUGCACCGUUUGCUGCGGCGGUCGAGAGGUUCUUCUCUGCGGCAAUGUGAACUGCUGCAGGUGUUUCUGCGUGGACUGUCUGGACAUCCUGGUGGACCCGGGUGCGUCUGACCAGGCGCGCUAUCUGGACCCGUGGCGAUGCUACAUGUGCCAGCCGCUGCUGCAGUACGGCGUCCUCAAACGACGGCACGACUGGAGCCUCAAGCUGCAGGAGUUCUUCGCCAACGAUAACGGACAGGAGUUUGAGAAACCAAAGAUUUACCCAGCAGUCCCUGCAGAGCAGAGACGACCAAUCAGAGUCCUGUCCCUGUUUGACGGCAUUGCCACAGGCUACCUGGUCCUGAGAGAUCUGGGUUUUAAGGUGGGUCAGUAUGUGGCAUCAGAGGUGUGCGAGGACUCCAUCUCAGUGGGCGUCGUCAGACAUGAAGGAAAGAUCAAGUACGUCCACGAUGUGAGGAACAUCACCAAGAAAAAUAUUCAGGAGUGGGGUCCGUUUGACCUGGUGAUCGGAGGAAGUCCCUGCAACGACCUCUCCAUCGUCAAUCCUGCCAGGAAGGGCCUGUACGAAGGCACGGGCAGGUUGUUCUUCGAGUUUUAUCGCCUUCUGAGUGAAGCCAAGCCCAAGGAGGGCGAGAACCGCCCAUUUUUCUGGAUGUUUGAGAACGUGGUCGCCAUGGCCGUUAAUGACAAAAGGGACAUCUCGCGAUUCCUGGAGUGUAACCCUGUGAUGAUCGAUGCCAUCGAGGUCUCUGCUGCUCACCGUGCUCGAUACUUCUGGGGGAACCUGCCGGGGAUGAACAGGCCUCUGUGCGCCUCAGGGAUGGACAAGCUGCAGCUGCAGGACUGUCUGGAUCAUGGCCGAGUGGCCAAGUUUGGAAAGGUGCGCACCAUCACUACUCGCUCCAACUCCAUCAAACAGGGGAAAGACCAGCACUUCCCCGUGUUGAUGAAUGGGAAGGAGGACAUCCUGUGGUGCACCGAGCUGGAGAGGAUCUUUGGUUUCCCCGUCCACUACACUGACGUGUCCAACAUGGGUCGUGGCGCCCGGCAGAAGCUCCUGGGCCGGUCUUGGAGCGUCCCCGUCAUCAGGCAUCUGUUCGCUCCGCUCAAAGACUACUUCGCCUGUGAAUAAGAAGAAAGCCGCCAUCACCAGCAAACACACACACCAGCUUUUUUGCCGAGAACCGUCAGCAGCCAGCCGUUUCCUCCCCUCCAUCGGACAUUUCGGAAGGCAAAUGGCUGGUUUGACAAAACAUCAGCGCGGCGGGGAAACGGUUCAAGAUGCUGCCUGGAUUCUGCUUUAGAUCCACAUAACACACACUAACACAGAUUCACAGCUUAGGGAAAGACGUUGGCUGCCCUGGAAACAGAGGGGGCGGAGUCUAGUCAGGUGAGCAAUGGUGAGAUGGAUAAGGAGGCCAGUAGAGCGAUUCGCACUUCCUCGGGGAGUUAAAAGGGAACGAUGACACCCACGCCUUUGCUUUGUUAACAUUAAGACUGUAGCGUGACUUUAAUAGGAUUUUAGCUUCUUUAAACGCCCUUGGAGGGCAUCGUUUUUAGGAUAACACCUAGAAGUUUUAGAAGAUGGAGAACGGCGUAGUAGCGAGCUUUUAAUCUCAAACAAAAACACAUAAAAACUGACUUGAACCAAAGGCGGAGCUGACGUCCUGUUCCUGUUUUAUCCGCCAACGUCAGUCCGCCGUAAUGAUGCUGUGGCUUUUGGUCCAAACUUUGCGAGUGCACUCGACAGUCAAACUGCUGCAGGAUGUUUUUAAAGGACCAAACUAAGAAACCCUCGUUGGGAAAAACCAUUGAUCGGUAUAAGCUACUGACCUGAAGCUAACCUGGAAACAUGAGACGGGAUUUAGCUUUAUAUUUAGAUCACUUUAUAUUGAUAGAUUUAGUUAAUUUUAGGAAAUAAAAGUACUUUUGUUUAUUCCUUAUUAUAUUAGCACACUAGAUUGAAGUGGCUGUAUUGUACUUUUUUGUUGUUCCUCUGACUUUCAGUCUGUUUAAGGGUUUUUGCAUGUUAAAGGUUUGCAAAGUGGAACCCAAAGAAAACACUGCUGCUGAACUGCCUCAAAUGCCUCGUUUGUAGUCCAGACUUUUCUCUGUCACCACGUAACACGCUGGUGUAACAGCCAUUAAACCGGUGCGUAGUCAGGAACACUCAAACUAAAUCCAGAUGCAGCCAAAAAUGACAAAAGAAGAAGUUAGUUUAGUGUUAGCUUGGUGGUAAUUGGUGUUUCAAUGUUUUAAUACAAAAACGUAAAAAUUCACGUACAUUUUAAAAAAGGGAACACAUAGGAAGCUAUUUACGCCAAAGUCAAGCUUUCUAAAUUCAGAGGUAACACUCUGGAGGCAUAACAGUGAUGUCACAUGACUUAAUCAGUAUUCUCAUCAGUGAUAUUUGAAUGUAAAAAUAUAUUAAAAAACAAACAAUAAACAGUCCCUCAGAUACAAAGUUAAAAGUCACAGAAAACUCUGCUGGUUACAUAUGUAACAGGCUCCGACCAAUCGGAGCAGGCCACAGAGAGUCGUCACAGGUUUUUAUAGCAGUGGUUACAAAAGUAUCAUUUUAUCACACAAACUGACCAAUCAGAGCAGACUGUGCUUGUCAGGAAGGAGAGAGCCUUAAAACCAGAACAGGUGUGCAGUAUGAAAAGAUGUGUUUUAGUUUGAGUUUGUAGCGAGCGAGAUGUGGGCGCGCUCAGGAUGUUGUCACGGCGAUCUCUUCAUACGGAUACUUGAAACAAGCUGAUGCAGAAAGACAAAAA